UCAGUCGUCUGGUUGCCUUGGACACUGAGCUUAAAGUCAACGGGGAGGGGGAGCAGAGAGGAUAAAGGCAGAGUUGAACAAACAGAAGCCAUUUCUAGGCAAGCUUAGAAACAUGGAGCCUGAAACAGCCCAACACAGGAAUGCUGGGGAGGAAAAGAAGCAGAGAGGAAAAGCUGGACAUUGGAGAGGGGAAGAUGUGAAAGCUCUGCUUUCAGUGUGGAGGGAGAGACAGGCGUGGGAAGAGGAAGAGAGCAAGGCCAAGUAUGAGGCCAUCUCAAGCCGACUGAGAGAGCUUGGGGUGUGUAAAGACUGGGUUGAGUGUAAGGCCCAGAGUAGGAGCAUGGCUCUUCCAGACUGGAGGCCUACACAGACGGUCUACAAACAAGCUUCCGCAGAUACUAGAUCACUGACCCAAAGGCCUUAUGUGGCAGAUGAAGAGCCAAUGGCUCCCAAUAGAAGAGAGGAGUUUACUUCCCAAGCAAGUCUUCAGGAAGUGCUGGAUGGAGGCCGACACUGGUCUGACAAGGAGGUUCGUGCUCUUCUAAAUGUCUGGUCAGAUAAGGAGGUUCAUAAGCAACUCCAACGCUCCCACAGAAACAAGGCCAUCUUCCAGGAAAUGGCACAUCGUCUAGAGCAGCAACAUGGCGUUGUCCGAGACUGGAGACAAUGCCGCACCAAAUACAAGAACCUGAAAUACGACUACAAAGUCAGCAAAAGCCAAGGCCGACCAAUGAGGUUCUUGGCUGAGCUUGAUUCCAUUUUGCAGGGCAAAGACAUUGAAGGGGGUUUUGAGGGGGUGGACUCGCCCAGGAAAAUACCAGACAGAGACCCUCUGGCUACAGGGCGUGAACCUGGCAAAGAACAGGUUAUCAAGAUUGAUGAUGAUGAAAGUCUGGCAGAGAUGCAAACAAUAAUGAAUACUGCAGCCCAUCCUCUGAUUGGAAGAGAAACAGCGACAACAGCAGCAGCAAAUGAAAUGAAUGUAAUCACGGUGCAUGACUCUGGCAGAAACUGGAGUGAGGAAGAGGUGGCAGCGCUGCUUCAAAUCUGGGCUGAUGAAAGCAUUCAGCGACAGCUACAAGGUUCAACCAGAAAUAAAGACAUUUUUGUGCAAAUUUCACGCAGGCUUCUUCAGCAGGGUGUAGAAAGAGACUGGAAACAAUGUCGCACCAAGUAUAAAAACCUGAAAUACCUCUACCGUUCUCUGCAGAGAGGAAAGGCUGAUAUAGGAGAUCCUCGCCGCCUCAUGAGGUUUUACGAACAACUGGAUGCCCUUUUAUCAAAGCCUUCUAGAAAUCGUAUGAGUUAUGCGGAGUUCAAUUCUAGGAUGUUCAGUCCUCCAGAAUUUGAGGAGCAUUCCGUGGUGGGAAUUCCACAGGUGGAUAAUGACAUUGUUGCUGUUAGAUAUGACCAGCCACCUACGAAUGAGACCAAUUUGAGAUCUCCAGUCAAUACUGCAAGGGUUUUUCAGAAUCAAGCUGGGACCGAAAGCAUUUUAACAGAGUCAGAUGAAGUGACAAACAUGCAAUUUGGGAUGCCUGAAUUGAAUUCCAUGUUGGUAAGAUCAGUUAGCAGUCCUCAGAUCGAGUAUGAACACCAUCUAUCCUCUGACUCAGUCACUGCAGUUAUAUAUGACAACGGUCCGAAGUACACAGACAGCAUUGACACAACAUACACAAGAGGAGAGCGGGUGGUGGCCACCAAAGGCAGAAAGAGGAAGGCUACAGACGAAGGAGACCGUUUGGUAAGCAAACAGUUUCAUCAGAGCACUGAUGAUGGAGAAAGCAGCACAGACUGGUCGGAGAAUAUAGACUUCCAAUGUAAAGAAGAGGAUGAUCAAUACAUUCCGAUCAUGGAGAUCACCUCUGUUUGUUCUAUGGCGUCUAAUGCAAUCACGGCCGAACAAUCGGAAAAACGAACUUCAACAAAAAUGUCGAACACAUCAGAAUUGAAACUAGGUCCGAAACUGAACGAGGGUAAGACCAAGCAGAUCUUUGAGCUUGUGGAUGAGCCGGGUCAUGUUCUGGUCCAGUCUAAAGAUCAGAUCACAGCGGGCAACGCGGUUCGGAAGGAUCAGAUGGAGGGCAAAGCUGCUAUUGCCAAUAAGACCACCAGCUGUGUGUUCAAACUUUUGCAGGAUGCUGGUCUCAAGACCGCAUUUGUUAGACAGCAUUCUGAGACCGCUUUUGUGGCGACCCGCUGUGAGAUGAUACCCAUUGAGUGGGUUUGCAGACGGAUUGCCACUGGCUCCUUCCUCAAACGAAACCCUGGGGUCAAAGAGGGUUACCGUUUCUCUCCUCUAAAGAUGGAGAUGUUCUUUAAGGAUGAUGCCAAUAAUGAUCCACAGUGGUCAGAGGAGCAGUUGUUGACAGCUGGUUUUGAGUUGGCAGGCCUGACCAUUGGACGCUGUGAGGUGGACAUCAUGAGCAAAAGCACAGUUGCCAUUUUUGAAGUCCUAGAGAAGGCUUGGGCCACACAGGACUGCACUCUGGUGGAUAUGAAAAUUGAAUUUGGUGUGAAUGUGACCACUAAAGAGAUUGUGCUGGCUGAUGUGAUUGACAAUGACUCUUGGAGACUUUGGCCAGCUGGGGAUCGCAGCCAGCAGAAAGACAAGCAGGUGUACCGUGACCUGAAAGAAGUCACUCCUGAGGCCAUGCAGGUGGUGAAGAGGAACUUUGAGUGGGUUGCUGAGCGAGUCAAGCUGCUCUUGGAGUCCCAGGCGAAAGGAAGGGUUGUAGUUCUAAUGGGUUCUACCUCAGACGUGGCUCAUUGUGAGAAGAUCCGUAAAGCUUGUGCCUCCUAUGGAAUUGCCUGCCACCUUAGAGUCACCUCAGCCCAUAAAGGCCCUGAUGAGACCCUUCGUAUCAAAGCUGAAUAUGAGGGCGAUGGAGUACCCACCAUCUUUGUUGCAGUUGCAGGGAGAAGUAAUGGCUUGGGUCCUGUGAUGUCAGGGAACACGGCCUACCCUGUUAUUAAUUGUCCCCCUAUUACCCCUGACUGGGGUGCUCAGGAUAUUUGGUCCUCUCUUCGCAUGCCAAGUGGUCUGGGCUGCUCCACAGUUCUGUCUCCUGAUGCUGCUGCCCAGUUUGCAGCCCAGAUUUUGGGUCUAAAUGACCACAUGGUUUGGGCCAGACUUCGGGCCUCCAUGCUGAACACCUGGAUCUCUCUGAAACAGGCUGACAAGAAACUACAAGAGUGCUGCCUGUAAAGGGCCGGCAUUUUCAUUUCCAUAACUCGCUAUGCACAUUUAGUUCAUAUAUUUUGUCUACACACCUGUCACUACCUUAGAAAAAGCCUAUGUGAAAUGCUGACUUCGCAAUAAUAAUAGAAUAAUUCCAUUUCAUUAAUAAACAUUCCUCAAAAUA